AUGAAAAUGGAGGAGGUUUCGAUGUCCAGCCUGGACACCAGCAAGCUGGAGGGCCUGGCCCAGGACAUCCUGUCUGACCUGGUGGAGGAUGCCUGUCUGGGGCUGUGCUUUGAGGUCCACAGAGCUGUCAAACAGGGCUAUUUCUUCCUGGAUGACACUGACCAAGAGAGCAUGCGAGACUUUGAAAUUGUGGACCAGCCAGGACUGGACGUGUUUGGCCAAGUGUUCAAUCAAUGGAAAAACAAAGAGUGUGUUUGUCCCAACUGUAAUCGGAGCAUCGCGGCCUCGAGAUUUGCUCCUCACUUAGAGAAAUGUCUGGGGAUGGGACGCAACAGCAGCCGUAUCGCCAAUCGCAGAAUUGUCACUGGUAACACCACUACUACUACCACUACCACCACCACCACCACCAAUAACAACACCAACAACAAGUCUGAGAGCGACCAAGAGGAUAACGACGACGUCAAUGACAACGACUGGUCUUACGGAGCAGAAAAGAAAGCCAAGAAAAGAAAAUCUGAGAAGAAUCCGAACUCUCCGAGAAGAUCUAAGUCUUUCAAGCAUAAGAGCAGUCUGAUGGGCCCUCGGCGUCGGAUGGAGAAUCAGGAAAGCCCGUGCAUGCUGAUGAAAGAGGAGGCAUUCCCACAAUAA